AGGAAGAUUCUAGGCCAAAGCUGACGCCCAUUGGUCAACGCCAUUCGGCAGUCAGCCAUCGCACUGAAAUCUUGUUCAAACUUGGCCAAGCGCCGCAGAGACUGUUGAAGCGUGCAAUGAAUAAAACUCGUUGUACAUAGUUUACAUACCUCCUAUCAGCUAUAAGCUGGCGCCAGCUGCAACUCGACCGCACUCACGGCGCUAGCGUGCUGCUUGCUCACUUUGCCACUCAGGAUGCGCUACAUUUGACAGUCAGUCAUUACUUGUAGAUUCCAGUCAUAGCGCUCAUGUCUUCUGACGACCCCGAGCCAUGUGGAAGCCCGACCGCUGGGGGCAUUGGCGCGGGCUUUAGGAGCUUCAUCAAUCCGGCAGCUGGACUGUCGGUUUCAUGCUCUAUCGGCCAAUUUGCGGCCUUCAAGGGCCAGCUGGCCACGCCGGGUGGCGCGGCCGAAUAUUUGACACCAUAUAGCAACAAAACAUUUGACGGGCCACAGCCUACCAGCGACAGCGCUGCCUUCUUCACCCCGAUGGGCACCACAAUGCAGUCCAGUGGCAAGUCUCGGGCCGUGCAUGGCACCGACGUCGCAAAGCAAGUCAAGGUGUUUGCGCUCGCCGAUGAUGGAAGCCGACCACACAGUCGCCACACCUCCGCCGGCUCCGCCGCUGGCGAGCCCGCGCCCGCGGCGCAAGCGCCCCCACAGCGCCCUCCAGUCCAGCCCAUCGCCGCCGCAGCUGCGGGUGACGCCCCGCUUCUGCAGUCGGUGCGGGAGCUGGCCUCUCCCACCGCCUCCUCCUCAGCGAUCCCCACCACCGCCGGCGCGGCUGUUGACCCCAUGGAGGACGUUGAGAUGACUGACGCCACCCCCUCCCGGCCAUCGCCGCUGCCCAAGCCGGACGGUUUCCAGGUGGCCAGUGAGGGCGGGGUGGUGAGCGAGCGGAACGUCAUCCUGGACUUCGGGCUCACUAGCGUUGUCGGUGACAGCUCUUCAGCCGCCCCCAGCAAGACCAGCAGCCGCCGCGGGGACGCCGCGCUCGCCGCCACAGCUGCAGCGCCAUCAGCCGCAGCCGUUUCCGGGAUCGCUGCCUCCGCGGCGGAGGGCGAGCGCCCCACCCCCAUCCAGUCCUGGUCGUCUGGCUCGUCGCUGGCCCCCGGAGCCUCAACCAGCGCUGCAGGCUCCGGUGCGGUAGCCGCUGGCGCUGCCUCGGUCGCCUCUGGGGCGGGUGUGACACAUGCCCCGGCACCGGCGCACUCAGCCGGCGUCAGCGUGGCGUCCUCGCGAGCUGCUGCCGGGGCCGGGGCCAGCGCUGUGGAGCCCUCCACGCCCAUCUCGGGCCUGCCGUCGCAGGGUGCCGGCGCGCCCGCCUUAUCUGCCACUCACAGCGAGGCCCGCUCGGGUGUCAGUGCCGCCGCAGUGCCGGCUGCAAGUGUGGAGGCGGCGGCGAGCGGGUCACGUCGCAGCGGCGCUCCGUCCUUCAUCACCCAGGAGCUACGCGCCUCAAGCACCGCCGCCUCUUCUCAGUUCUCGCAGCCCUCCUUCUCCACCCUCAGCCUGCCCGCACCAGUGGCAGCGCAGCAGCCCGAAGUGGCACCGGCUCCUGCCCCCGCGGCCUCUGCCCCCGCUCCCUCGUCGGCCCCCGCCAACAGCGCCGGGGUCCUUGCAGACGCGGCUGUGGCGGCGCCUGCGGCGGUCACGGUGGCGGUGCCGGUUGGCAGCAGUGGCGCUGCCGUGUCCGCGCAGGCGGCCGCUGUGCAGCCCACUGGCAGCGAUGCCUCUGCUGGCGCCUCAGCACUGACCGCGCCGCAGCCACAGCCUGUGCCGGCGGCGAUGCAGCGCGAGCCUGUGCCGCAGGCGGCGCCGCAGGCGGCGCCGCAGGCGGCGCCGCAGGCGCUGCAGCUGCCUCCCCUGGCUGCCAUGACGGAGGAGGAGUUGAUGGCGCUGGAGGGGAGCGGCGAGACGUGCGGUGAGGAAGGUGUCUCCGCCUCCCCAGGCCGUUUCUACGACCCGGCCCAUUUUGCGCCGCCUGCCGUUGUGGAGGGCGCCGAGCAGCUCUCGCCCUCCAACAGCCGCACCCGCAGCGGCGAUGCCGCGCCCGCCCGCACGCCCGGUUCAGCCACAGCCACGCCCUCGGCAGCUGCCGUCCGUGCCCGCUUGCCGAAUAGCGCCACGACGGGCCGGCGGCCACAGGCCGGCGCGGCGCAGCGCAGCCCGCCGCCCUCAGCCGUGAAGCUGAAGCCUUCACCCGCGGUGGCGGCGGUGGUGGCUCGGGGCUCUGCCAGCAAGCCCACGCCACGGCCGGGCGCCGCCACGACACCGAGCCGCCCCGCCGGCGGGGCCUCUGCGGCCAAGGCAACCCCUCGCAGCGCCGCCGCCGCUGCCGCCGCUGCAGCCACGGCCGGCAGCGCCACUGCUGCUGCGCGGCGCCUCAGCGCCGCUGGCGGCACCAAGGUGGCGGCCGCGGCGCCUGCUGCAGUGGAGCCGAAGAAGGCCGCAGCUGCAGCCGGUGUUGGCAACGUGACGCCCUUCCUGCUGAAGCGCGUGCGGCCCGUGACCGCUGAGUCACCGCCAGUGACGCCCUUCUCGGCUAUGAAGGCCCCGCCGCCCGUGCCUGCCAAUGACCUGCCGCCUCCUGCGCUGGGGUCCCUCGGCAGCGCUGGGCGCCCGCAGGGCCGCACCUCGCUAGCGCCGCCGGUGGCGGCGGCGGCGGCUUCUCCGGCUGCUGGCGAUGCAAAAGCCUGGGCCGCUGGCGCCGCGGUGGCGGCGAAGGCGGUCCCGCCCGCGGCAGCCGUUGGUGUGACAACUCGGCGGACCUCGGUCCAUCAGCAGCUUAAGCAGCCGGCCCAGCCUCAGCAGCGUGGCCAGCCGGCCAAGCAAGCAAAGCAGCCCGUGGCUGAGCCUGCUCCGGCUCGCGCGGCCGCUGCACCCUUGCCUGCCGCCAAGCCUGCUGCUCCUGCACCGGCACCUGCCGCCAAGCAGCCCGCGGCUGCCACCGGUGCGGCUGCUGCCACCGCUGCUGCCGCCCGCCGCCAGUCGGCAACUGGAAACCGGCCUGGUGCCGGUGCAAAGGCUGCCACUGCUGCCGCCGCCACCAUCAAAGCUGCUGCUCCUGCCGCAGCUGCGCCGCCCAAGGCUGCGGUGCCCGCCACAGGCGCUGCAGCGGCUACCACGCGCCGCGCUUCUGCUGCUGGCACCCAGCCGGCCGCGGACACCAAGACGGCCGCGGCUGCGCCCAAGCGCGCCACCGCUGCGCCUGGUAGCGCAGCUGGAGCAGCAGCUGCUGCUGCGACUGCGGCUGCGGCUGACACCCGCGUGAUCCUCACGCGCAAGGGCCCCGCUGCUGGCGUCACCGGCACCAGCGGCCGCUACGGCCGGACAACCGCCGCGGCGCCCACGGCUGCCGCCAAGGCCGCGGACAAGGGCGCCGCAGCCGACGGCGGCCAGCCUCCCAGCCCCGCCAAGCUGCCGCCGUCCAAGCGGCCAUCUGCUGCCGCCCGCAACGCCGUCUCGCCCUCCAAGCGGCCCCGCCAGGAAGCCGGCAAGGCCAAGACGGCCGCAGCAGCCGACGCAGCCGGCGGCGGCGCAGCGGCGGCGGCCGCAAUCGCAGCCGCUGCGGCCAAGGUGCUGUCGCCGAACCCGGCCCUGGCGUUCAGCCCCGGCUCCGUCAGCCCAGUGGCCCGCGGCGCGCGCCGCCCGUCGCCGGUGAGCGGCGGUAGCCGCCGCCGCCCCGGCAGCGGGAGGGUCGGCGGGCGCUCCACCAGCGCGCCCCGCAUCUCCCCUGGGGCAGCAGCAGCCUCGGGGCGGGGCUCUGCCCCGCCCCGCCCGCCCGCGGCGCCGGCAGUUGCGGCCAUGGCCUCUCCCGCUGUGGAGGCUGCCGCCCCGGCGGCGGCGCCGAAGCCCGUGCCAGCGCUGCCCAUCGCCGCUGUGAUCGGGUCAGCCGGGUGCUUGACGCCGGUCAAGCGGACGCCUUCAGCUGUGAUCACCAAGUCGCCCGCUGGCGGCAGCAACGCCGCCACCCCGCCGCCGCGCCGCGCCUCCGCCACCACCGCCGCCGUGGGUGCGGACCUGGUGCCGCUACUGCAGCAGCCGGCGUCGGCGCGUGGCCCGCCCUCGGCCCGGCGGCAGUCCGGUGCCGGGACGCCCACGGCCGCCGCCCGGCCAUCACCCAGCCGAGUGAUUAUGGCGGCAAGCCCCAUCUCCGCCCCACCUUCGGCGACGAAGCCGGCGUCGGCUGCAAGGGCUGCUGAGCUGAUGACAGGAGCUGCAGCGGCUGUGGCAAAGGCGGGUUCUGCUGUGGCGGAGGCAGUCCCGGCAGCUGCGGUGGAGUCGCUGGCGUCCGUGGCCGAGGCAGCCGGCGGGCAGGGCAUGGCGGCGCCCCAGGUACGGCGGGACUCUGCCACCGGCCCUGGGCCGGCACCCAACGCGGCUGGUGCGAAGCGUGUUGUCGCCGCCGCUGCGGCGGCCAAGGCCGGUGCGCAGACCGCUCGCGGCGCCGUCUCAGCGCGGCCCGAGGGCGUGCACAAGCCCGCAGCGGCAGCUGCCGCAGGCGCGCCACGCGGCGCCGUGUCUGCGCGGCCUGACGGCAUCCACAAGCCCGCGGCAGCUGCGGUGGGCGAGGCUGCGCCCGCCAGCCGCCGCGACAGCGCCCACGGCAGCACCAGGCCCGGUGCUGCUGGCGCUGCUACUGCGGCGGCGGCGCCGCCGCCGCGCCCCUCAGACGCUCACGAGGCCGCGCGCAAGGCGGAGCAGGAGCGCGUCAACCGCCGCAAGGAGUAUGCGGCGCUGCUGGGGCGCCAGCCGCACGCCGGCGCGGCCGCGCCAGCAGCUGCGGCCGCCGUCAGGCCGGCGGCAGGCGCUGCGGCCAAAGCAGCCGCGACUGCAGCCCGAGGCAAGGCGGCGGUCGCCCCGGCCGCGGCCGCGAAGCCGGGUGCGCGCACAGCUGCUGCGGCCGGGGCCGGCGCACGCAAGCCGGGUGUGGUGGCGGCGGCGGCGGCCAAGGGUACUGCGUCGGGCGCUGUGGCGAUGAGCCCGGUCGCGGGGGCGGGGGCUGCGGCGGCAAGUGCUGAGGACAUGGAGAUUACACCGAAGAGGCCGCAGGACCUGAGCUGGCUGGUGGACGCCUCGCCCUACACCUCCCUGGCGGCCGCGCCCGGAGACAUGCAGGGCGCCCUGGAGGCUACACUGGGCACUCCCGGCACCGGCCUGGGACUGGGACUGGGCAUGGGCUUUGCGGGCUUUGGCAGCGCCUUCGGCGGCGACGGCGCCGCGGCCGAGGACGGCGCCGCGGUGCCCGCUUCGCCGGUCGCGUUCGGCGGCUUUGGUGGCUUUGGCGGCUUUGGCGGCUUCGGAGAUGCUGCCGGUGCGCCUGGCGGCGAUGUCACGCCGCCGCCCAUCGGCAAGGCUGCCGGCGCCGCGGGUGGGGCGGCCGGCAGUGCUGCCGUGGGCGGCUUUGGUGGUUUCGGCAGCGCUGGCGGCCCCGUGCCCAUGUUCAGCCCGAUCCUGGGCGCAGUGGCGGCGGCGGGUGCUACUGCCGGCGCUGCGGCGGCGGAGCCGGGGGCGGCUGCCGCGGACAGCGACAAGGCCACCCCCACACUGUUCGGACGUGCGCCAGGCACGUACGUUGCUGGUGCGGAGGCUGGAGCAGGCGUGGGUGUGGGUGUGGGUGUGGGUGUGGAGGCGCCCGGCAGCACGCUGACGAGCCGCAGCGGUAUGGCCGGCGGCGUCGUGCCCAUGCUGACGCCUGGGCCCGGCAUGUUUCCCUUCGCCCAGGCGGCCGCGCGGCCUCCCGCCGGCCCGUCCAACCACGUGGCCAACCACGGACCCACAGCAGCUGGCCCCGCCGCAGCCGCAGCCGCCCCCGCGCCGCCGGCCAACCUGUUCCCCUACGCCAAGCUGCGCUUCUCCUGGGACCCCAACUCGGCGCCCGGCAUGACGCCGCCGCCUGCGGCUGCGGCCGCGGGCGGCGCCGCCGCCGCCGCCAUGGCCAUCACCCCUGGGCUCGCCGUCAGCGGUAUCUCGGGCCUCAUCGCGCCCCUGCGUGAACACGGCGGCGCUGGAGGCGGUGAUGCGGGUGCGGCCGGAGGCGUGGCGCCCAUGCCGCUGGGAGACAACACCCCCAUCAGCCGCCCCUUCGCCGGCAGCUUCGGGGGCUUCGGCUCCGCCUUCGGCGGCGGCCAUGCCGCGGCCGAUGUGGUGGCGGCGGCGGCAGCCAUUGACUUUGCCGCUGCAGGCAGCAGCGGGGUGGAUGCGGCGAUGCCGGUCGACGGCUCUGACCUCGCCACCGAUGACGGUUUGGCGGCGGCGGUGCCGCAGCCCGUCAAGUGCGCCUCUCCGGACGCGCCAGCGGACCCGUUCGCCUUCGCGGCGCCCAGUGGCGGUGCCGCAGGCAGCUCUGCCGUCAGUGGCUUCGGCGCCGCAGCUGCCGCCAUCGACGCCGCAGGCGCGGGCGGCGCUGCUACUGCUGCCGCAAAUAAUGGUGGCGUGAUGGUGUUUGGCGGCGGCGGCAACGUUCGCACUGUGAGGGCGGGCGGCGGUGGCGGCGCUGCGGCGGCGGGCGGCCCGGGUGCCUCUGUCAUGAUGGACAGUUUUGAUGCGCUGCGGCUGUCCAGCAUGUCCAACUGGCCCAUGAAGCUGCGGGGGCAGUUCGCAGGCGGCGAGGGCGACGGCGCUGCGGCGGAGCAGCAGUAGCGCUGGCGCGGGCCGCGCGUAGGGAAUGAGCGGUACUAGGGAGGGGGUGAAUGAGGCAGGCGGCAGCUAUGGCUGAAUAAUGUGGGGAAAGCAGUAGAACAGUAUCCGCUGGUGGAGGAUGGGCUGGAUAGCUAGUGCUGCGUGCCGCUGUGGCAGGGCUGCUAUUAAGGAGAGCGAGGGAAUGCCGGGUGUUGUGUGCAAGCGCUGGCAGCAGGCCCUAUGGCAGGAGGAACCGGGGGUGGACUACUUAUGCCCGACCACCCGAGGUACGAUGUCGCCACAGCCGGCGUAUGCGUACGCGCUGUUUGAUGACAGAGUUCGAGAGACGGCAAGGCAACAAUAAUUAGAAUCGA